AUGGCGGACCAAAAUAUCUCGCAAUAUAAGUACUCGGCGAUGUCCAACCUGGUUCUCCAGGCGGACCGUCGUUUCAUCAGUCGCGUCAAUGACGAACCUACAGGUGACCCAGAAUCACUCGCUGGCCGGAUUGGGAUUCGCGAAAUGGGUGGGCGAGUGGCGCGCGAAAACGUGCCAAAGUCGAAGAAGAAACCCACUACCGACCUCGAGCGAGGCGCCAUUCACGAAGGCGAAGACGUGCUUCUGCGGGAACAGAGGAAACGCCAGCGCGGUCAACCAGCGCAACAACGAGGACAGGGCAUCUUAUCGGCAGCAGACGCUCUGAUCGAAGGUCUGAAGUACCGUCCCCGAACGCCAGCCACGCGAGCCACAUACGACCUUAUUCUCACGAUAACUGGGACGAAUCUCGGAGAUGUGCCCCACGAAGUCGUGCGGAGUGCUGCCGAUGCUGUCUUGGAACUGCUGAAGGACGAGGAUAUGAAAGACUUUGAUAAAAAGAAAGAAAUCGAUGAUCUUUUGGGUACCUCAAUGAAUCCUAAAGAGUUUAAUGAGCUUGUUAACUUGGGCAAAAAAAUCACCGACUACGAUGCUCAAGAUGACGACGACGAGGUAGACGGUGGCUUGGAUGAAGAAGGCGAGCUUGAUGAACGUCAAGGUGUUGCUGUAGUCUUUGAUGAAGAAGACGAGGAUGAGGAUCGCAUGGGCACUGUGGACGAGAUCCGGGAUGAAGACUCUGACGAAGAGGAAGAAGCAGAGGAAGAGGACCGAGUCGAUGCAUACGAAGGUGCUGCAGAGGAGCCGGACGCCGAGGACGAAAUGAUUAUUGACGGCGGUUUGGACCGUGGCGACAAGUCCAAGGAAAAGUCCGGAAUGACCGUAUCCGCCCGUGAGAUCGACGCAUACUGGCUCCAACGACAGAUCGGUGCCUUGUAUCCCGACGCCCACAUUCAACAAGAAAAGACGAAAGAGGCGCUUGAGAUUCUCGGUGGGCAGGCAGACGAUGGGUCGGAAAAGCCUCUUCGCGACGUUGAAAACGAUCUCAUGGAGCUGUUCGAUUACGAUCACCCCGAACUCGUUGCGAAGCUGGUCUCCAACCGGACCAAGGUCGUCUGGGUUACCAGAUGGAGGCAGGUCGCUGAGGAUGCAGAUGCUAAAAACCUGGUGGAAAGCCAAAUGGUCGAGGCUGGUCAUCGUGCGAUCUUGGAUGAGAUUCGUGGCAAGACCACUGAAGACCUUUCUCAUCGCCCUGAGAAGAUCAAGCUUGACUUGAUGGACGUUGAUGUACCCACAGCGCCAGAAGCUGCGGAACAAAAGCAAGUUGGCGAAAACGGCCUCGUUGGUGGUUUGCAGCCUAAGCGUCUGAUCAACCUUGACAACCUUGUCUUCCACCAGGGCAACCACCUUAUGACAAACCCCAACGUCAAGUUGCCGCAAGGUUCCACAAAGCGGACGUUCAAGGGUUAUGAAGAGAUUCAUGUUCCUCCCCCUCAGGCGAAAAAGCAACCCGGCGAGAAAAACAUCCCUACCACAGAACUGCCGGACUGGGCCCGUGUGGGCUUCGGUAGCUCAAAGGAGUUGAACAGAGUCCAGACGAAGUGCUAUCCUUCCGCGUUCCACGACGACGGCAAUCUGCUCGUCUGCGCUCCCACUGGUUCGGGAAAGACCAAUGUCGCUAUGCUCACUAUUCUUCGAGAGAUCGGCAAGAACCGCAACCCUGAGACUGGCGAAAUCAUGCUGGAUGAUUUCAAGAUCAUUUACAUUUCUCCAUUAAAAGCGCUGGUCCAGGAACAAGUUGGAAACCUUGGCAAGCGUCUUGAGCCCUACGGCAUCCGGGUUUCGGAGCUGACAGGUGACCGUCAACUCACCAAGCAGCAGAUUGCCGACACUCAGGUCAUCGUCACUACGCCUGAAAAAUAUGAUGUUAUCACCCGAAAAGCAUCAGAAACCAGCUACACCAAUCUCGUGCGCCUCAUUGUGAUUGACGAGAUUCAUCUUCUCCACGAUGAUCGUGGCCCUGUCUUGGAAAGCAUCGUCAGCCGUACUAUCCGUCGGGUGGAGCAAACAGGUGACCCGGUUCGCAUUGUUGGUCUCAGUGCUACUCUGCCAAACUACCGGGAUGUCGCAAGCUUCCUUCGCGCUGAUCCUGAGACAGGAGUCUUCCAUUUUGAUGGCUCAUACCGUCCUUGUCCGUUGAAGCAGGAAUUCAUCGGCGUGACAGACAAGAAGGCCAUCAAGCAGCUUAAGACAAUGAACGAUAUUUGUUACAACAAGGUCAUGGAGCAGGUCGGGCAGAAGCGGAAUCAGAUGCUGAUUUUCGUCCAUUCUCGCAAGGAAACUGCCAAGACGGCGAAGUACAUCAGAGACAAGGCCAUUGAAAUGGAGACUAUCGGACAGAUUCUUCGCAGUGAUGCUGCAAGCCGGGCCAUUCUUUCGGAGGAAGCUGAAUCCGUUGAUGACGCAUCUUUGAAGGAUCUUCUCCCUUAUGGUCUUGGUAUUCACCAUGCUGGUCUCAGUCUUGCGGAUCGUGACUCCGUCCAGGCCCUCUUCGCUGACGGCAGUAUUCAAGUCCUCGUCUGCACUGCAACUCUGGCUUGGGGUGUCAACCUGCCCGCGCAUACUGUCAUUAUCAAGGGCACGCAGGUCUAUUCACCAGAGAAGGGUAGCUGGGUCGAGCUGAGUCCCCAAGAUGUUCUCCAAAUGCUCGGACGUGCCGGUCGACCUCAGUAUGAUACAUUUGGCGAGGGUAUCAUCAUCACUUCACAGUCUGAGAUUCAGUACUACCUCUCGCUCAUGAAUCAGCAGUUGCCCAUCGAGUCGCAACUCAUGAGUAAGCUCGCAGAUAAUCUGAACGCCGAAAUUGUGCUGGGCAAUGUCCGGACUCGUGAUGAAGGUGUUGAAUGGCUCGGCUACACCUAUCUCUACGUGCGGAUGCUUCGCUCUCCCGGCUUGUACAGUGUUGGAGCGGAUUACGAGAACGAUGAUGCUUUGGAACAGAAGCGUGUUGACUUGAUCCACUCUGCAGCGGCCGUGCUUGAACGGGCUGGGCUUGUCAACGACGAGUUCAAAUACAUUCCCGUUCGUCAGGAUGAGAAGCUAGAGCUUGGAAAACUUUUGGGUCGAGUGCCUGUGCCUGUCAAGGAAACAAUUGAUGAGCCUCAUGCCAAGAUCAAUGUUCUUCUCCAGGCCUACAUCUCACGACUGAAGCUUGAUGGUCUUGCUUUGAUGGCUGACAUGGUCUACGUCACCCAAUCGGCUGGGCGUAUUAUCCGUGCGAUUUUCGAGAUUUGCUUGAAAAAAGGAUGGGCAUCGGUGGCCAAGACUGCUCUCGAUCUUUGCAAGAUGGCAGAGAAGCGCAUGUGGCCUACGAUGUCUCCGCUCCGACAAUUCCAUGGCUGCCCAAGAGACAUUCUCCAAAAAGCCGAGCGGAUUGACGUACCCUGGCCCAGCUACUUCGAUCUGGAUCCUCCCCGGAUGGGCGAGCUGCUUGGCAUGCCCAAGGCUGGUCGUGUUGUCUGCGAUCUGGUUUCCAAAUUCCCUCGGCUUGAUGUUCAAGCUCAAGUGCAGCCCAUCACCCGCUCUAUGCUGCGUGUUGAGUUGACCAUCACCCCCAACUUCGUCUGGGAUGAUUCUGUCCACGGAGCUGCGCAAGAGUUCUGGAUUCUGGUGGAGGAUUGUGAUGGCGAGGAUAUUCUUUACCACGACCGUUUCCUUCUCCGCCGGGAGUUUGCUAUUUCUGAGAUGAAUGAGCACAUGGUUGAGUUCACGGUCCCUAUCACCGAACCUAUGCCCCCCAACUACUUCAUUUCGUUGGUUUCAGACCGAUGGAUGCACUCCGAGACAAAGAUCGCCGUCUCUUUCCAAAAGCUCAUUCUUCCUGAGCGUUUCCCUCCCCACACCCCCCUCUUGGAUAUGCAGCGUGCUCCAGUCAAAGCGCUGAAGCGAGACGAGUUCCAGAAGCUUUAUCCUGACUGGGAGCACUUCAACAAAAUUCAGACCCAGGUCUUCAAGUCGGUCUUCGACACUGAUGAAAAUGUGUUCAUUGGCGCACCUACUGGAAGCGGAAAGACUGUCUGUGCCGAACUGGCUUUGCUACGCCAUUGGGCCACUGAAAAGGAGGGCCGUGCAGUUUAUGUAGCGCCAUUCCAGGAGCUCGUCGACCAGCGAUUGGCUGAUUGGGAGAAGCGGCUCGGUGGCAUUGCUGGGGGCAAAACCAUUGUCAAACUGACUGGUGAAACCACAGCAGACCUGAAGCUUUUGGAACAAGCUGACCUGGUCCUCGCCACUCCCGUCCAGUGGGAUGUACUUUCUCGUCAGUGGCAGAGGCGCAAGAACGUUCAAACGGUGCAGCUGUUCAUCGCCGACGAACUGCACAUGCUUGGUGGCUUUGGGGGUUACAUUUACGAGAUGGUCGUGUCUCGCAUGCACUACAUGUCUCUGCAGACUGAGAACGAAAUGCGGAUUGUCGGGUUGAGUGUGCCGCUUUCCAACGCUCGUGACCUUGGUGAAUGGAUCGGUGCCAAUAAACACACCAUUUACAACUUCAGUCCCCACGCACGCCCUGUGCCCCUGGAGUUGCAUAUCCAGUCUUACACUGUUCCUCAUUUCCCCUCCCUCAUGCUCGCCAUGGCCCGACCCGCCUACCAAUCCAUCCUGCAGUUGUCUCCGGACAAGCCUGCGCUGGUCUUUGUUCCCAGCCGUAAGCAAGCUCGCUCAACGGCGAUGGACCUUCUCGCCGCCUGUGCUAUGGACGACAAUGAGGACCGAUUCUUGAAUGCCGAUGUCGAGGAGCUAGCACCUUUGCUUUCACGUGUUCAGGAACAGACGCUGGCGACGUCAUUGAGCCACGGCAUUGGCUACUACCAUGAGGCAUUGUCUCAGACCGACAAGCGAAUCGUCUCUCAUCUUUUCACCAUCGGUGCCAUCCAGGUCCUUCUUGCUUCACGCGAUGUGUGCUGGGAGCUGAACCUGACCGCCCAUCUGGUCAUUGUGAUGAACACCCAGUUCUUUGAAGGCCGUGAGCAUCGCUACAUCGAUUAUCCGAUCAGCGAGAUUCUGCAGAUGUUCGGCAAGGCUUCUCGCCCCGGUGUGGACAAGAUGGGACGCGGUGUACUCAUGGUACCAGCUGUCAAGCGGGAGUACUACAAGAAGUUCUUGAACGAGGCUCUGCCUGUGGAGAGUCAUCUUCAAGUGUACCUGCAUGAUGCCUUUGUGACUGAGGCUAGCACUCGCACCAUCACCUCCACGCAGGACGCCGUCGACUGGAUGACAUACUCUUACUUCUAUCGUCGCCUUCUUGCAAACCCCAGUUUCUACGGUCUCAGUGACGUGAGUCACGAGGGGCUCAGUACUUUCUUGUCUGAGUUGGUGGAGACUACGUUGAAGGAGUUGUCCGAAGCGAAGAUCAUUGAUCUUGACGAGGAGGACGACAGUGUCUCCCCGCUCAACGCCGCCAUGAUCAGCGCCUAUUAUAACAUUUCCUUCAUCACCAUGCAAACAUUCCUCUUGUCUCUGUCGGCCCGCACGAAGCUCAAGGGUAUCCUGGAGAUUGUCACGUCGGCGACCGAAUUCGAGUCAAUUCAGAUGCGCCGCCACGAGGACCAUAUUCUUCGCCGCGUGUAUGACCGAAUUCCUGUGAAGAUGUCGGAGCCUUCCUUUGAUUCACCACAUUUCAAGGCCUUUGUCCUCCUCCAAGCUCACUUCUCCCGGAUGCAACUUCCCAUCGAUCUUGCCAAGGACCAGGAAGACAUCGUUCGCAAGGUGCUCAACCUUCUCAGUGCCUGUGUGGACGUCCUUUCUUCCGAGGGACACCUGAACGCUAUGAAUGCCAUGGAGCUGUCGCAAAUGGUUGUGCAAGCCAUGUGGGAUCGUGAUAGUCCUCUCAAGCAGAUUCCUCACUUUUCGCCCGAGGUCAUUGGGGUUGCAAAGGAAUAUGGGAUCAACGAUAUUUUCGAAUUCAUGGAGGCCAUGGACCCCUCGGAGAACAAGGACUACGCCACUCUGGUCAAGCGUCUGGGUCUCAACAACAAGCAACUGGCGCAAGCUGCCGCUUUCACCAAUGAGAAAUACCCCAGUAUCGAUCUUGACUUUGAGGUUGAAGAUCCUGAGAAUGUCACCUCUGGUGAGCCCGCCUACCUCAAGAUCAAGGUGCAGCGAGAGGUUGAAGAAGACGAAGAGGUCGACACCACUGUGCAUGCGCCGUUCUAUCCCAACCAGAAGAUGGAGAACUGGUGGUUGGUUGUGGGCGAGGAAAAAACUAAGAGCUUGCUGGCCAUCAAGCGUGUCACAAUUGGUCGCAAACUUGAUUUGCGGCUUGAGUAUGUGGUGCCUACCCCUGGUGAGCAUGAGUUGACACUCUACUUGAUGAGUGACAGCUACGUCGGUGUGGAUCAAGCUCCGACGUUUACUGUGAAUGCUGCCGAGGGCAUGGAUGAGGAUGAGAGUGAGGAAGACGAGGAUGAAGAGUAG